CUACUUUUAAAGUUAAGAGUAAAGCAUCUAAUGCCCCCUUGAACUAUGACUAGAUCCUAUUACCCCCUGAACUAAAAUUUUACGUAUUUUUGUCAACCUUUUUAGAUAACGUGACACCUUUUAUCAAUCUUUUUAGCUGAAGUGGCACCUUUGAUGUGAGCCCCAUUAAUGUAAUAAAGGUGCCACGUUAGCAUAAAAGGGUGACAAAAAAUACGCUAAAAUUGAGUUCGGAGGUAAUAGGACUCCUGUGAAAUUGGAGUGUGUCGUAGCAACUUUAGUCAUGGUUUGAGGGGGUAUUGGAUGCUUAUCUCUAAAGUUUUUGCAAGCUUUCAGGUCAUAACCGCAAAGGACAGAAACGGGAAUACAGUAACUAUGGCUCAUGCAAGUGUGGCUUCUCUUACGAGAACAAUAGAAUCUCUCUUGACAUUCAAUUCACCAAUGCAAUCACUAAUCUGUGAUCACAGAGAAGAAUUUUGCGCUCUUCAUGAAAAAGUUAGUUCCCUGGAAGUAUUUCUCAAGAACUUUGAGAAAAACAAUGUUUUUGGGGAAAUGACGGAUUUUGAAGUAGAGGUAAAAGAAGCUGCAAAUGAUGUUGAAUACACAAUUCAACUGAGACUAGCUGAAACUGUACUGGGAGAAAAUAAAAGCCAGAAAAAAAAGGCACGUCGAAGGUUUCGCCAAAGCCUGCAACAAGUAGCAGGGGACAUUGAUCGUGUCUGGAAAGAGUCGGCAAAGAUUCAAGACAAAGGCAAACAAGUACCAAAGGAAUCAACAAACGAUAUUCUGAAUGUUAAGAACAAUAUGGUUGGACGUGAUGAUCAAAGGGAACAAUUGUUAGACGAUCUGACAAGAAGUUACUUUGGAGAACUCAAAGUCAUCCCGAUUGUCGGGAUGGGAGGCAUAGGUAAAACAACCUUAGCAAAAGAAGUUUACAAUCAUGUGUCAAUUAUCUAUCAUUUUGAUGUUCGUGCCUGGGCUACUGUAUCUCAAAAACACAAUGUAAAGGAAAUUUUGCUGAGCCUUUUGCAUUCGACAAAAGGUGACAAAUUUUGCACGGGCAGUGAGGCAGAGCUGGCAGACAUGCUACAAAAGAGUUUAAAGGGUAAGAGAUAUUUAAUUGUAUUGGACGACAUGUGGAGUAGUGAAGUGUGGGAUGAUGUGAGACUAUGCUUUCCAAGUGAAAACAAUGCAGGGAGUCGAAUAUUGUUGACUACCCGUAGCAAUGAAGUAGCUUGUCAUGCUGGUACAGAGAAUCUUUCGACGCAGAUAGACUUCAUGGAUCAAGAUGAGAGUUGGAACCUUUUUAAAAGUGCAGCUUUUUCAAAUGAAGCAGUACCAUCUGAGUUUGAGACUAUUGGGAAGCAAAUCGCAGAUGAAUGUCACGGGUUACCACUAACAAUUGUCGUGGUUGCUGGGCUUCUCAAAUCUAAAAGGGCAAUAGAAGAUUGGGAAAGUGUUUCCAAAGAUGUCACGUCAUUUGUCACAAAUGAUCCUGAUGAACAAUGUUCACAUAUUCUCGGGUUGAGUUUCAAUCACUUAACCAGCGAUCUAAAAGCAUGUCUUCUGUAUUUCGGAAUUUGUCCAGAAGACGCUGAGAUUCCAGUGAAGUAUUUGAUGAGAUUGUGGAUGGCAGAAGGGUUCCUGAAUUUGGAAAGUGACUUGGAAGGAGAGGCUGAGAAGUGUUUGCAAGAGCUUGUCGAUAGAUGUCUAGUCCUCGUCUGCAAGAAAAAUCGAGAUGGAACGAAAAUUAGAUCAUGUAAGGUUCAUGAUCUAAUACAUGACCUGUGCUUGAGAGAAGUUCUAAGGGAAAACGUCUUUAUCAUGAACGAAAUUGUGUUUGAAAAAUCAGAUGCAUAUCAUGUUUCUUCAGAAUGCCAAUCUCUCAGUAGCCUUAGAAUGAAGCCCUUUAAGCGUUCGACUGAUGAUGAAAUUAGUGAUUCUCGCUACGAACUUUAUAGGGCCCUUCUUUUCCCUGGACAUCAUCUGUUGACAGAUGAUAACAACAACAAUCUUUUGAAAAGAACUCGCUCUAUUUUCUUUGCUGGUAGCUCUCCUUCAACUUUUAUUCUCAAGUCGGAUCUUAUUCAUUUCAAAUUACUCAAAAUCUUGGACUUGGGUGACAUAGAGAUUGACGUUUUCCCUGUACAGAUACUAAGCCUCAUCUGGUUGAGGUACCUAGCAUUGCUCCGCCGUUGGAAACUUGACAUACCUCUAGAAAUUUGCAGGUUAUGGAAUCUGCAGAUAUUCAUUAUUGAAGGGUCUCAUAUACAAGAAUUUCUGUUACAUACAACUAUUCCGGAGCAAAUUUGGGGACUAGCGCAAUUAAGGCAUCUCGAACUGCAAAGAUUUUAUUUGCCAAAUCUCCCAAAUGGAUCUGUUAACAAAGGGAGACGCUUGGAUUUUCCAAAUAUACAAACUAUUUCUUACUUGUCUCCAUGUUGCUGCACGAAGGAGGUUAUUUUGGGGAUUCAGAAUGUUAAAAAACUAGGAAUCGGAGGAGAUGUGGAUGACUUUAAAAGUAUUCAGGAGUCUGGGCUUCUCAACAAUCUUGUCCAUCUGCAGAAACUUGAAACAUUGAGUUUAAAAUUAUUUUCGUUGGAAAGUAUAAGCAUUUCACCAGUGACCAUUCCAAGUGCAAAAGCUUUUCCAGCCACGCUCAAGAAGCUGAAGUUAAAAAGUACUUAUCUAAGCUGGUCGUACUUGGACAUCAUAGCUGAGUUGCCUAACCUUGAGGUGCUAAAGCUGAUG